GGUGACGUCAUGCGCAUGCGCGGUGGUGGGAAUAACUAUGGCGACGACGGGGAUGAGAGAACAGUUGGAUUCGCUGGGAUUGGCGAGUGCGGCGAGCCUUCCAGGCGGUUUGUGCGACGACGCGUCGAAAUACGUCAAUGACACUUCGCUUGAGAUGCAGUGGGCUAUGAAGAGUUGGCAUUACUCUGAGAUACACUUCAAAUUGAUAUCAACGGUUGAUCCGAGCACAUUGCAGUUGACGAGAUUAGACGAUUUGAUUUAUCGUCAGUUUAGGAAGAAAUUCAAGAGAAUGAAGAUCGACAUCAUCAACGAAGGCGAGCUAAAGACCGACGAAGCAAAAGCAAGAUGGCGUCCUUUCUGCAAGCUAUUCGAGUCAGUCAUGGACGAAUACAACUUCGGCACUCUACUGAGACUCGAUGCAUCAAAGGGCUACACAGAAACGAACACGAUCCUCGUGACGAGAAUUCAAUUCUAUGCCAUUGAAAUCGCACGCAACAGACAGGGUCUCAACAGCAGUCACUACAAACCCGACAGCCAAUCGGAUGACAUCCAACCCGUUUGAUAUCAAUAGUGUUUCAACCCAAACGUGUAGUGAUGGAUUGGAUUAUUGUAUUAAAUAAUUAUUUUCUGUAAUUGUUUUUGGUGAGGAAUGUGCAUUGAAAUUAACAAGGAGAUGAGAUGUCGAGAA